AUGACAUGCCUUUUAUUAGACGUCGAAGACGAUCCGUGCAGUGAUGGACUGCACAGCUGCACCGACGACCACAUGGCCUGCGUGGGCGAAGGCACCAGACAUCGCUGCAUAUGCCGUGAAGGCUACAACAUGGUUUAUGACAACCAGCUGCACCAUCAGCAGGGACGAUGUGUCGGUAAGUCGUGCCGGCGUGAGUGUCGCAACGCUGCAUGCGGUUACUCUCUGCGACCAGACUCAUGUGUCAUUUCAGACAUCGACGAAUGUACGGAAAAUAUCCAUCGGUGCAGUCCGAACGCCAUAUGCCGCAACGAACCGGGAACGUAUGCGUGUCUCUGCCGCACUGGCUUUGAGGGAGACGGCUACCGUUGUACAGAAAGAAAAUUGAACUGCCAGGAUGUACAGUGCCAUUCUGAUGCUGACUGCCAAAUAGACUCAUCGAACAACCCUAUUUGCGUGUGUCGCUCAGGCUUCGAGGGCAACGGCUACGUAUGUCGCAGGAUAGAGGCUUCGAAUCCUUGUAAAUCCGUACGAUGCGAUCCUAACGCUCAGUGUGUGAUCGAUGCACUUGGCGCCCCGACUUGCGCAUGUAACGAGGGCUACACUGGAGACGGCUACAUGUGCAACAAUCUCUUCCAGCAACCUGAAAUCCACAUCGAUGCAAGAGUUUCAGAACCUCAGCGUACAUGCGAGAGCGUUCCAUGCCCAUUAAACUCACAUUGCCGUUAUGAUAACCGUCGCCAACCAGUCUGUGUGUGCGACGAUGGAUAUGAAGGAGACGGAAGGACUUGUCAGAAGAAAGCGAUGCCCGCAGAAAAUGUCAAACUGUGCAGCAGUCACGAGGAGUGUGGCGACACCGCCUAUUGUGCGUAUAACGAUCAACACCGACGUUACCAGUGCAAGUGCAGACCGACGUUCACCGGCGAUGGCGUCAAUUGUCUGCCGGAGAGAAGAUCCUGCGACGUGGCACACGAUUGUCAUGUAAACGCGGACUGCUUCUGGCAGCAGGACGCUACCGAAGUAGGUUACAAGUGCAGGUGCCGUUCGGGUUUCACUGGCGACGGUUACAAAUGCGAGGAAAUUAAAAAACAAGAUGUUUCAUGCAACGUCCUCAACAACUGCCACCCAAACGCCAAGUGCAAUUACAGUCCUCACACCAACGCCUACGUGUGCCAGUGUGAGGCCGGCUAUUCGGGAGACGGCAAUUUCUGUUCCAAGGUGGAGACAGACGCAAAUCAUAAAUGUAAGAGUUCAGAAGACUGUCAUUCAAAUGCGCACUGCGUGUUCAGAGAUUCUGCCUACGAAUAUUUUUGCGAAUGCCUACCGGGAUACAGAGGAGACGGUUUCAGUAACUGUGACCCUGCAGACGAAUGCUUUCCCGGUAACGAGAAUACCGGCUGCGGCGAACUGGCCAAGUGCAGUUUCGAUCUAGAAAAGGUCGCUUAUGUAUGCAAAUGCAUUGGCGGAUACACUGGCGAUGGCCACACCUGUGUACCGGAAGUGGCAAUCUCAUGCAACACCGAUCCGACUCUGUGCCAUUAUAACGCCGAAUGCAGGUAUAGUUCCGUGACCAGCACAUACGCCUGUCAUUGUCGAGAAGGCUUUAAGGGCGAUGGUUACAACAGCUGCGAAAAGGAGCAGGUCACGUGCAGAAUGCAGAACAUCUGUGACCCUAACGCCGGAUGCCAUCCAACCUCUGAUGGUACUACGUACAUAUGUAUAUGCAAUAGAGGUUACGAAGGAGACGGAUUUACGUGCCAACCUAUUCACGAUUGCAUGCUGGAGCCGAACCUUUGCCACGAAAACGCGGUGUGCGUGUCUGAAAAUAUGCGCUACGUUUGCAGAUGCAAAGAGGGUUAUCAUGGAAGCGGUCAAAAGUGUACAUCGGAUUCGGAGCUGAACGGCAAGAUAUUAAUCUUCUCUCAAGGAAUGUCACUGGUGCAGCGAGGAAUGCUGGCGUCGGAUAUCGGCAAGCAAAUCGUCAUCGCUCCAUACCAAAUAGCCGUCGGUAUCGAUUACGACUGCGCUAACGGUCAAAUAUACUGGACGGACGUCAGCGGCCAUAGCGUACGAAAGGCCAAUCUCGACGGUUCAGGGGUCAGUGUAGUUUACGACGCUGAACUAAACUCCCCUGAAGGCAUCGCCCUCGACUGGCUCAGCCACAACAUAUACUAUGCUGAUUCGAGUAAGAAAGAAAUUGGCGUUAUUACGAUGGACGGUAAAUACAGAUACACCGUCCUGACUAAUGGUUUGGUAAACCCAAGAGCGCUGGCGAUCGAUCACAUCGAAAAGAAAAUCUACUUCUCUGACUGGCAUCGACAACAGCCGCAAAUAGGUCGUUUCAAUCUGGACGGAACUGAUCGAGAGUCGUUUGUCUCUGACGGAAUAGCACUUCCUAACGGUCUGGUCGUUUUGCAUCGCCGCCGGGAAGUUUGUUGGGCAGACGCGGGUACCCAACGCCUGGAGUGCAUUGGAGUGAACAAAGCCGGAAGAAGGAAGGUCUAUGACCAAUUGAAGUAUCCGUUUGGUCUGACAGCAGCCGAUGAGGAAAUGUUUUACUGGACGGAUUGGGAGGAGUAA